AUGUCUCGAAGAACCUUGCCAACGUUCUCCCCUGCCGAGGUUGAGUCCCAUAACACACCGAAAUCUUGUUAUGUGACACUCGGCUCUAGAGUUUACGAUGUCACCUCUUUCGUGGAUGAUCAUCCUGGGGGUGGUGACUUGGUCCUGGAAUAUGCGGGCAAAGAUGUGAAAGAAAUCCUGCGAGAUUCGGUGUCCCAUGAGCAUUCCGAGGCAGCCUACGAAAUUCUUGAGGAAAGUCUGGUCGGGUUCGUUGCCUCCAAUUCCAGCGAUGCAGCUAUGAAUGGAUCAGCGGAGGCAUCGCGGCCUGUGUUUGCCUCGACAGGUAUGUCUCGGGAGGAAGAUUUGUCGGUCGAGACAGACUACACCAAAGAUUUCCAGACCCAUAAGUUCCUGGAUCUCAAUAGGCCACUCCUCAUGCAGCUUUGGAACAGCGGCUUCAGCAAGGAGUUCUACUUGCAACAGAUUCAUCGUCCGCGUCACUACAGAGGAGGAGAAUCCGCCCCUCUGUUUGGUAAUUUCCUGGAGCCUCUCAGCAAGACGGCCUGGUAUGUGGUGCCGAUUGUGUGGCUCCCUCCGGUCACUUACGGGACUAUUCUCGGGUUCUCUGGACUGGGAACAACGGCUGCUACUUAUUGGGUCUCCGGCCUUUUCCUCUGGACACUUAUUGAAUACUUCCUCCAUCGGUUCUUGUUUCACCUUGAUAAAUACCUACCUGAUAACCGCGUGGGGCUAACCCUCCAUUUCCUUCUACAUGGAAUUCACCACUACCUGCCCAUGGACAAGUAUCGACUGGUGAUGCCGCCGGCUCUAUUCAUUAUUCUCGCCUCGCCGUUCUGGAAGCUGGCACAUACAAUCUUCUUCUACAACUGGUACGCUGCUGUGUCAAUAUAUUGUGGUGGUGUAUUCGGUUACAUUUGUUACGACUUGACCCACUACUUUCUCCAUCAUCGAAACCUACCUUUGUACUACAAGGAGCUCAAAAAAUAUCACCUUCUGCACCACUUUGCUGACUUCGACAACGGAUUUGGUGUCACGAGCCGUUUCUGGGAUCGAGUCUUUGGCACGGAGCUUGAAAUGCCGUCUCGAAAAGGCGGAAAGUCUCAAUGA